CGUUGCCCUACAUGUCCCCGGAGCUGCCGCUGGGCUACCAGGUCACGUGCGCUGUGGACAUGUGGGCGCUGGGCUGCACCGUGGCCGAGAUGGCCACCGGCAAGGAUCUCUUUGACUCACGGACAUAUGAAGAGCACCUGCCCUGCUGCAUCGAGAUCCUGGGCAUGCCCCCGACAAAGAUGGUGGACGAAGCCCCAAAUGGGUCACUCUACUUUGACCCUGAGGGUCUCCCCUACAACGUGUCAAUGCAGCGUCCACCAGGCAGCCUGUCCCUGCACCGCGCACUGCAGGGACACCACCCUCAGCUGGUGGACUUUGUCAGCCGCUGCCUGCAAUGGGAUCCCAAUCUCCGCAUGACGCCUGAACAGGCGCUGGCUCACAGCUGGCUACAAACCACCACCACUACCAGGGCCACCACCAUCCGGGCCACCACCACCACCACCACCAUUAGGGCCAACCCCACCACCAGAGAGACCACCACCACCAUCAGGGCUACCCCCACCACCACCACCCAGGCCACCACCACCCGGGCAACCACCACCACCACCAUCAGCAGCAGCAGCACUCCAGUGCAGGGCUCUGCAGCUGCUGAGCCACGGUGAGCCUCUCUCUGUGUACCUCGCCUGGUACGCAGGAGGUCGUGGGUUCGAUCCCGACCCUGAUGAGAUGUUAAUUAACUCGCCUGGU